UAACAUGUUAAGUUCCCUUUUAUAUAAUGCACUUUGGUAGGGUGUGCUUCUACACCAUGCACUACGGUACAGGGAACUGGGCAAGCGGAUGUACCGGGAAAUAUGUACUUGAGCGGGGCUUGGGGGGAGAAGUGGUGUUGUGUUAGGUUUUGUUGUUUUGGACCAAGCUGUAACGUUUUACACGCAAUAAAGUGUGCUAACCGAAAUAAACGUUGUGUUUAUUGGAAGUAACAAUUACAAUCCAACACUGUCAAUGCUCUUUAAUUUUUCAGAACGGUUUCUCAGUGUGUUUGUGAAAUUUAGAACUAAUGUUAGACAGUUUUUAUAGAUUUAUCAGUCAUUGGAUGAACAGUUGUCAUUUAUCUACUCUGAAUUGUUCUCAACAGCUUUUGCAGAAAAUGUGGAGCUGGUUGAACAGGAGGCGUCUAUAGAGACCCCUGUCCCAGCGGACCCCACACCUCAAUCUGAGGAACCAACAAUUAAGGACCCACAGAAUGUGGAAAACAACAUGGACAAGCCUGAGGAUCCUGAUGUGUCCAGCACACCUCCUGCAGUGUCGAAGAAGAAGAAGAAGAAGAAGAGUCGGAGAGGGAGGAAUAAAAAUCGUUUACCAGAGGAUCAGGUGAUGAGGACCGAGCUGGAGACUGACUCCAACAUUGAAAUCAUGUGCAUGUUGGAAAACAGACAGCAGCUUCCCCCCGAGCCACCGGUCACACCGACACCAGAUCCUGAACCUCAACAUUCUGCUUCAGACGUCUCCAUUACAUCUCCUGGAGUGUCUGAUGGAAAGAAAAAGAAGAAAAGAGUCUCUCUUGCACUAAAGCAGAUUUUGGGUGGACAGGAGGCGUCUGUAGAUCCCCCUGUAACAGUGGACCCAGCACCUCCAUCUGAGGAACCUAAAAUUGAGGAUCCUCAAAAGAAGCCUGAGGAUUCUGCUUCAGCGGACGGGUCCAGUACACCUCCUGGAGCGCCUAAGAGCUCAAAGAAGAAGAGUCGGAGGGGGAGGAAUAAAACUCGUUUUCCACCGAUGCAGGAGAUCAGCAGCACACUGGAGACUGACUCCAGUAAUAAAGAUCAGUGUAUGCUGCUGGACCUGUCCGAAGAACCCGCGGUCACACCAACACCAGCUCCUGUACCUGAACAUCAAGCUCCGGCCACAAGCUCCUCCGCAGUGAAUGUUGUGAGCCCAGGAGACGGACCGAUAAACACUCCUGCAGAGAGUACAGGAUCUGUUUUGAUGAGGAGCUCUGAAUGCAGUGUUGAAGAUCUCUGCAGGAUGAUGGAUGAAGUGCAUCUGUCCAUAGAGCCGUGGGUCACACCAACGCCAGCUCCUGUACCUCAGCGUCAUUAUGUGGUGUCAGACUCCUUAACACCACCAAAACCUCUUCUCCAGCCGGCUACAUUUGUUUUCAAAUCACCACCUGCAUUCGCUUCUGCAGAGAAGGAGAAGAAGAAGAAGAAGAAGAGGAGGUCUCUAAAGCCUGAAGACUCCUACAUUAAAGAUCUCUGCAGGAAGCUGAAGCGACUGCACCUGUCCAGAAAAUACCGUGACAAGCCGAAACCAGCUCCUGUACCUCAGCUUCAUCAUGUGGUGUCAAACUCCUCAACACCAUCAACGCCUCUUCUUCAGCCGGCCACAUUUGUUUUCAAAUCACCACCUGCAUUCGCUUUUCCCGAGAAGGAGGAGAUGAGGAGCUCUCCUGACCCCAGUAUUGAGGAUAUUUGCAGGAUGCUGGAUGAAGUGCAUCUGUCCACAGAUCACUGGAUCACACCGACACCAGCUCCUGUACCUCAGUAAGUCUCAAUUUAUAAAUGCUUGAAUGUUUUUAGAAACAGUACUUACAGUAUUUUUUUCUUGAAUUUGUAGGUGUCU